GCUAGCAGUCAACGAGGGAGGCACCAAGAACAGGGAAGCCUGGAAAGGAACAUGGCGCCUGUCGUAAAGGUGUACGGGACGGCCAAGUCUUGGAACAUAUCCAGAGUCCUUGUGAGCCUGGGGGAGGCCGGUGUCCAGUACGAGAUCGUUGCCGUCGACUUUGCUGCCGGCGAGCACAUGAGCCCCGCCCACCUCGCUAGGAACCCAUUUGGUCAGGUCCCUGUUUUGGAGGAUGGUGAUUUCUGUCUCUGGGAGUCACGCGCCAUCACCAAAUAUGUAUGCCGCAAGUACAAACCUGAGCUUCUCAGGGUAGGCAAUCUGGUGGGAUCAGCAACGGUUGAUGUGUGGCUGGAGGUCGAGGCCCAGCAAUACAGUCCUGUAAUGGAAGCUAUUCUUAUAGAGAUCAGGCUUCGGCCAAUUUUUGGGCAUCAGGUCGACGAGAGGGUCGUUGAGAAGAACAUCGAAAAGCUGAAGAAGGUGCUAAGUGUGUAUGAGUCAAGGUUAUCGAGCUCCAAGUACCUAGCUGGAGAUUUCAUCAGCCUCGCGGACCUCAAUCACGUGUCGACCAUGUUGUGCCUAGGGAUAACCACGUAUAUAUCGGUGCUCGACUUGUACCCAAAUGUCAGAGCCUGGUGGGAUGACUUGAGGGCGAGACCAGCGGCGAGGAAGGUGUCUGACCUAAUGAAUCCUAGGGGACCUUAGCGUGCCGGUGCGUCAUGCCUGUGGAUGAACGGUUAUUAAAAAUGCCAACCACUGUAAAACUUGUAUUUUUUGUAUCAUAUAUUUUUCUGGGUUACCAAAUCAUUGUGUUUAUGUUAUGAAUUUGUACAUUAGUACUACAUAAAGUGCGGGAUUGUUAGUACAUUCCAA